AUGGGACAGGGCAUAUGCAAAUGCGAAGAAGAUGAGUCUUCCAAAGCUGCCAAUCUUGACGUUGCCUCUGUCCCGGUGCUCGCCGACCAGGUCAAAGCCGCAAAGGCUCAGUUCAUGGGAGGUGUUCUAGAUGGUCCGUGGUUUCGGAAAGGAGACAAUGUCUUCCUGGGCAACAUCAAGGACGAGAAGAUGAACUGGGUUCCUGGAUUUAAUCAUGAUCCCUGCGAUCUGCAAGAGGUGGACUCUUUCCGCGUAAGCAUUUUUCUUGAGGGCAAGACACACAGUGGAGUGGUUUCCAAAAACGGAACUGAGACAAUCAUAUGCUGGAGCGACGGAGAAGUUUGGUUCAAGGGCUAG